ACAGUGACAUGGUGGCAUCAUUUCUCUGGCCCCUCAGGACCGGAGUACCUCCGCUGUUCUACUUGUUUGCAGCUUCAGAGCUGGGAAGUUGAAUGUUGUUAACACUCCGGGAGUAACAAAGAGUGGCUAAGCUCUCUGAAGACUGAUGGAAACCCGUGAAGUAGAAUAGUAUGCGCUGGAGCCAUACAGAAUCUGCAGGAAGACCCUCGGGGGAGUCGUCUGAGGAAUAAAAGAAUAUUUAGACUCUCCAAGUUCUUCCUUUCCAUAGCUGUUAAAUCCAAGGCAACUGUGUGGAAAGCAUGAAUAGUGAUACAUCUUCUGCACGAUCAUCCAGCCCACUUGAAAGGGAUCCUGCCUUUCGGGUGAUUACAGUUACUAAGGACACAGGUCUAGGUCUGAAGAUCCUAGGCGGCAUUAACAGGAAUGAAGGACCGUUGGUGUAUAUUCAUGAAGUCAUUCCUGGAGGUGACUGCUACAAGGAUGGGCGUUUGAAGCCAGGAGAUCAGCUUGUCUCAAUAAACAAGGAAUCUAUGAUCGGUGUGUCAUUUGAAGAAGCAAAAAGCAUAAUUACCAGAGCCAAGUUGAGGUCGGAAUCUCCUUGGGAGAUAGCAUUCAUCAGACAAAAGUCUUACUGUGGUCAUCCAGGAAAUAUUUGCUGUCCAUCCCCACAAGUGUCAGAAGACAGUGGACCUCAAACCUCAGCAUUUAAUCUUCUCUCCUCUCCCCCUGAAACACUAGUUCCAAAGACUUCAUCCACUUCCAACACUCAGGACUCCAUUUUACCUUCUUGUAAAGCAAUUCAGACAAAACCUGAACACAAGAAAACAGAACAUACUCCAGUUACUUCUUUGGACAACAGCCCCACAGAUGUAUCUAAUGCAGAUGUUGCUCCAGCCUGGACUGAGGAUGAUUCUGGACCACAAGGAAAGAUUUCCCUAAAUCCUUCUGUUCGCCUUAAGGCAGAGAAACUGGAAAUGGCUCUGAAUUACCUCGGUAUACAGCCAACAAAGGAACAACAUGAAGUCCUAAGACAGCAAGUCCAGGCCGACUCAAAGGGGACUGUGUCUUUUGGAGAUUUCGUCCAGGUUGCCAGAAAUUUGUUUUGCUUGCAGUUGGAUGAAGUAAAUGUUGGUGUCCAUGAAACCCCCAGCAUCUUAGAUUCACAGCUUCUCCCCUGUGAUUCCCUAGAAGCAGACGAAGUGGGAAAACUUAGACAAGAAAGAAAUGCUGCUCUAGAGGAACGCAAUGUGCUUAAGGAGAAAUUACUGGAAUCAGAGAAACACAGGGAACAAUUGAUAGAAGAACUGCAGAAUGUGAAACAGGAAGCCAAAGCUGUAGCUGAGGAAACCCGAGCUCUGAGAAGCCGGAUUCAUCUUGCUGAAGCUGCACAGAGGCAGGCACACGGGAUGGAAAUGGAUUAUGAAGAGGUGAUCCGUCUGCUAGAGGCUGAGGUCUCAGAACUAAAGGCUCAGCUCGCUGAUUAUUCUGACCAAAAUAAAGAAAGUGUCCAGGACUUGAGAAAGAGAGUCACCGUUCUUGACUGCCAGUUGCGAAAAUCAGAAAUGGCUCGGAAAACAUUUAAGGCAUCCACUGAAAGGCUCCUUCGUUUUGUAGAGGCUAUUCAAGAAGUACUUUUGGAGAGUUCUGCUCCCUUAUCAAAUUUAAGUGAAAGAAGAGCCAUGCUUGCGUCUCAGACCUCACUUCCGCUGCUGACUAGGAACGGACGCAGCUUCCCAGGAACCCUGCUUCUGGAAUCCAAGGAGCUUGUCAGAUCUGUUCGCGCCAUGCUUGAUAUGGACUGCUUACCUUACGGGUGGGAGGAAGCUUACACAGCAGAUGGAAUCAAGUACUUCAUCAACCACGUGACACAGACCACGUCCUGGAUCCACCCCAUGGUGAGUGUCCUGAACCUGUCCUGCGCAGAGGAGGAUGAAGAGGACUGUCCCAGAGAGCUAACGGAUCCGAAAAGCUGAUGGCUUCCCAUGGGAAAUGGAGCUCCAGAGUCUUCCAGCUUUUCAGUCCAAGUGCACAACCAGACACAAGACACCACACCCUGAGACACAGGAAUCCAGCCCAUGCUACUAGGCAGGGUGUCAAGAUGAAACUGCGGUAUAUUUGUGUACCUGUUAAAGAUCAGUUGCCACUACAAUAGUUCUUUGGAAACAAUCUUGUUGCAUUUAUUGAAGUCAUAUAUAUAUAUAGUCAGAUUUUAUAUGCAUACGCCUUCUCAUUUAUAAUUAGAUCUUUAUAAAUCACUGUGUAGUUCAUUGUUUGGUAUGAGAUACAAUGGUUUGUAUACCAACAUUUUAUAUUGAAAAGUUAUAUGAACAUAGCGAACUCCUUUUCAUAACUCCCACUCUCUACUCACAGCUUCUCUGUACUUACGAGCUCUUAUGUUCUGAGAAAGCUUAGGGGAGGGUGCCACACACGUAUCCCAACUUUGGGGUUGUUUUGUUUUGUUUUGUUUUGCCAGUACCUCAUAGGACACCACCUAACUUAUAUCAUUAUAUCAUUAAGAGACUUCUACAUUCAUAAAAUGCUUUCAAACCUCUUCCUACUUAAACUAAGCGUGGCUUCUGGGGCUGAUCUACAGGGCAAUUCUACUCACAGCUUCAGCUGGAGAAACAGUGGUUCAGAGAGACAGAGCGUCCCGUCCCAGGGAUGAGACUCACACCUGAUCUUCCCAUUCCAUAUCCAGGCUCCUUUGCCCUGCUCCCUACUGUCCCCACAGAGGGAGAUUACAACCCAGCAGAGCAUCUCCAUUCUGUUGAUGCAGCUGGGUCCACAGCUGUGCAUUCCACAGCAAUCCAGAGGACACCUCAGAGUGGAACGUUGCCCCUUCCCAACCCCACACUCUCCCUUCUGUGGCCCCAGCCCCAGCCCCACCACCCUUAGACACUCACCAAGCAGGGCACUGCUCUGUAACGUUUCGGUGGGCUUUAUCCCAUGGCUUGUAUUUUCUGGACUAGAGCCACUGGCUCAUGGCCAUGCUUGGGUGCCAUUGCCAGUAGGAGUGUCUGAGGCGAGCUGACAGACAAAAAGUGUCCGUUUAAGUGCUGCUGGGGUACUUGUACAAGGAUGGAAGCCAGGAGCCAAGCAAAGCAGCCCUGCAUCACUUAGGUAAGCUCAGAGCUCCCAAGAACAUAGUAGCAUAUGUCCUCAUGCCCACACAAGUCAACCCAGCAUGUGUCACCUGAACACCUACAACGUGCCUGGCCAUGCAAAGUGUUAUAACUGUGGAUAGUAUAAAUUUCCAAAUCAAAGAGCUCAAUGUCUUCAUAUUUCUACACACACUCACACACACUCUCUCUCUCUCUCUCUCUCUCUCUCUCUCUCUCUCUCACACACACACACACACACACACACACACACACACCAACAAUUGGUUUUCUGAAUAGGAACAGGAUAAGUUAAACACCUUAAAUUUGAAUAAUCAUGGAAAAUAUUGACCCCCCCCUCACACCUUGGCCAGAAAAGGAGAAGAAGAAUCAUGCUGGAAGAAGAGGUUCUCCAAUAACAAAUGAAAGGCAGCUGUCAAAACAGACUCAACAGCACACUCAUAAACUGCUGUGCAAUCAGAAAAUAUUAUCCUUUUUCUAGGGAGAAAUAGGGCAUUUCUCAAUGGUAAGCAAAAUGUAACUUUUUGAAGGGUCAACACACUUGACAUUUUUAUGUUACUUAUACGGACAGAACUGAACAAACAUUAAUACAGCUUUCACAGUCUUGGGUAUAAUUUUCAAGAUGAUGAAAAGCACAGAAUACGCCUGUGGAAUUUAAAGAAUUAAAGAGAUUAUGCCUGUGGAACAUGACUUUAGGAAUGUAAAAGUCGCUAUGUUUUAGCCAUAUCUGUUCCCAUGUAAUAUCAUUGUAUCAGUAAAAUGAUUUUAUAAAUACUAAA